UGUUGACACUGACAAGUUUUUGUUUGAGGAGCAUGGAUGCACCGAUUAUUUGCAAAACUUUGUAAAAAUAACACAAUUUACUAUAGAUUCCGCUGAAAUCGAACGUUUACCAUGGCAGGAUUGAAAUAAUCGUCCUUUGAAACAUUCGGGUGUUCGAACAAGAUGUCCAGCUAUCAGAUAUCCGAGCUGGUGUCGGGGCUGCGGUCUCGGCAUGCCGACAUCAGGCGCAAGUCCAUUCGGGAGCUGUACCACUUCGCCAAGACGGAGCUCCGCGAGAUGCCGCAGGACACGCUCACGCAGGUGCUGGACGAGUUCAACCAGCACAUACACUCACUGGUCUCCAGCUAUGACUCUAGUGAUAAGAAAGCGGGGAUUCUUACCAUUGUAUGCCUUAUUGGAGGAGAUACUGAAACAACAAAGACUAGAACAAUGCGCUAUGCACACUACCUGAAGAGUGUGUUUCCAUCAUCAGACAGCAGUGUGCUGGAGCUGGCGGCGCGCACCGUGGGCCGCCUCGCCGCCACCCUCGGGGUCAAGAGAGGAGAGUAUGUUGAAAGUGAAAUAAAAACUGCCUUUGAAUGGUUGAUAGAGGAGAGGAAUGAAGGCAAAAGAUUAUCAGCUGUAUUAAUCUUGAAGGAGUUGGCUAUAGCCAUGCCUUCAUAUUUUUAUCAGCAGAUUAAUGGAUUUUGUGAUCACAUAAUGAUUCCACUGAGGGACCCAAAAGAGCACAUCCGUGAGGCAGCGGCCAAGGCCCUCCGUGCUGCCCUUGUGGUGACCACUCAGAGGGAGAACCCCAAGCAGGCUCACAAGGCACACUGGUACAUACAGUGCUUUGAAGAAGCCACCACUUCAUUCUCUGACCUCACUAUAAGAGAAAAGGGACUGACCAGAGAUGACCAUGUGCAUGGUGCUCUGCUAAUCUUGAAUGAGUUGCUAAGAUGCUCACACUCUGCUUGGGAGAAAAAAUAUACAAUCCUCAUGAAGAAGUUGGAUGCUGAACAGGAGAUAGCUGAUGAAAUAGCCACUCUGAGCACCAAGUCCCAUAGUUGGUCCUCUCGAGGUUACUCCGAGGACAGCACUCAAGCUCUUCAGAUAUAUGAGUCCAGUAUCUGCCGUCAGCUUAUUACUGAAAAAUAUGAGAAGAUAUGUUCUGAUGUGAUGGCCCAGCAAAUCUCAAGAUCAACACAUGUGCAGCAGUUGUUGCUGCUCAUGAUCCCCAGACUGGCUGCAUUCAACCGGGAACUGUUUGCCAAAAAGCACUUGCAGUCCACCAUCAACCAUCUCAUCACCUUCCUCCAGAGCAGAGAGAAGGAGAAGGCAAUGGCUUUCACAACCUUAGGGCUGUUAGCUGUUGCCAUGGAGUCAGACAUUAAGCAGCAUUUAAACAGAAUCAUUGAUAUUAUCAAACAUUCUUUGACAUCUCGGGAUACACCUAAAAAGCGUCUUGGUAUUGAUGCCCCAUUGUUUAACUGUGUCACUCUGCUAGGUUGCUCCAUGAAAGAAAAUGUCGCCAGUGAAGUAAAGGAACUGUUGGAGUCAAUGUGCGUGACUGGCCUCAGCUUACAGCUCACCACUUGCUUCAAGGAGCUCAGUCAAAACAUACCAUCUUUGAAGAAAGAUAUCACUGAACGAUUGUUAAAUAUGCUGUCCAUCAUAUUGCGAAAGAAGACUUACUUAAUGUCAAAAGUAUCCAAUAAUCCUGAGCAGCAGGCCAUAGCUCACAUGGCAUUGCUGGUGGAGCCUCAUGACGCCUCCAAGUUGGUCCUGGCGUUACGAACGUUGGGUACAUUUGACUUUGAAUGGCAGCACAUUCUCAUGUCGUUUAUACGGCGGUGCACCGACCACUACUUGCUGAGCGAGCAACAAGAAGUGCGCCUUGAGGCAGUGCGGACCUCCGCCAAGCUGCUAGUGAAAGCGGUGGAGAAAGCCUCCAACUCCCACUCCAGAACCCUGCACAUUAUGAUCGACGAGGCCAUCAGUAAAUUAUUAGCAGCUGGACUUACUGACUUCGAUAAUGACGUUAGGUAUUGGGUGUUCGAAAUAUUUACGGAUCCUAUCUUCGAUAUUUACCUAGCCCAAGAAGAGCAUCUGAAUACACUUUUUGUUGCUAUUAAUGACGAGAAUAUCGAGUUGCGGGAGCUAGUGAUGUGCACUGUCGGCAGGUUGAGCAGCAUCAACCCGAGCUACGUGUCGCCGACGGUGCGCCAGAUGUAUGUGCAGUUUCUGAUAGAGCUCCAGCAUUCAGGGCUUAAUAGAAACAAAGAACAAGCCACGAGGAUGAUCAACAAUCUCAUAUCCCACGCCCCUACACUAUCAAGGCCAUACGUCGACACUAUCCUCAAUGUCCUUGUGCCCAAACUAAAAGAACCCGACAGUAGUCCUGGAGUGGUUAUUAGUAUCUUGAAAGCUAUCGGGGAUAUAGCCGAUGUAAAUGGCGACGGAAACGUACUGAAUAAGUGGCUUCCAGAAUUGCUUGGGAUUCUUCUGGACAUCCUCGGUGAUGUGAAUGCAUCUGAAAAGCGCAGCGUCGCGCUGUGGUCGUUCGGGCAGUUGAUCAGUGCAACGGGCUAUGUGGUGGCUCCUUACAUGGAAAACCCAAACCUGAUGAACAUGUUACUGGGUUUCCUAAAGACCGAGCAGCAAGUAAGAGACAGGAGGGAGACCAUUCGAGUGCUAGGUCUGCUAGGCGCGUUAGAUCCGUACAAGCACAAAGUGAACAGAGGAAUGAUCGACUUCCAGACUGUGUCUAUAUUGAUACCGGUGACUCCGGAAGAGAGUACAAGCGAGGAGACGUUCGAUUCGAACGUGAGUGAGAUGUUGGUGAACAUGUCCCCGCUGGUGCUGGACGAGUUUUACCCGGCGCUGGCGGUGACGUCACUGAUGCGCAUCCUGCGCGACCCCACGCUACAGCAGCACCACACCAGCGUCGUGCACUCCAUCACCUACAUCUUCCAGUCGCUGCGCAUCAAGUGCGUGCCCUACAUCUCCCGCGUGAUGCCGAGUCUGCUCUACGUUAUACGCAACACGGAGAACGCAAACUUCCGCGAGUUCCUCUUCACUCAAAUGGCGUUGCUAAUAUCUAUCGUGAAGGUGCAUAUACGGACGUAUUUGCCGAGGAUAUUUGAUCUCAUUCGUGAGUUCUGGACCCCGAACAGUGUGCUACAGCCGACACUCAUCAUGCUGGUAGAACACAUCGCCGUCGCGCUCGGCGUUGAGUUCAAGAUCUACCUCCCCAAAGUCUUGCCGCAAAUCUUGAGGGUGCUCAACAACGACAGUAGCAAAGACAGAUUCGUCACUGAAAAAUUGCUGCUAGCGAUACAGAAGUUCGAGAACAAUUUGGACGAUGUUCUGCAGCUAGUAGUGCCGGCGAUUACGAAGCUGUUCGAUGUUAAAGACUGUCCGCCGUCGGUCUCCAAGCUGGCCAUGGAGACGAUCCAGCACCUGUCUCUAUACCUGAACUUCAAGCCGUUUUCUUCGCGCAUCAUCCACCCGAUAGUGCGAGUUUUAGAAACCAACCCGCCGUUGCGAGCGACUGCGAUGAACACCCUGUGUGCGCUGAUCAUACAGCUGGGCCGCGACUACAAUGACUACAUCCCGGCCAUGGAGAAGUUGUUGUUGAAGCACAAGAUCCAGUGCCAGGACUACGUGGUGCUGAUCACGCGGCUGCAGUUCACGUCCACGCUGGCGUCUGAUGACAACUACGUGGACGAGGCGCGCUCGCGGCUCCGGAGCAGGACGCAAGAUGUGGUACCGUCAACGAGCGACACACAGACAAUCCAGAAGCUGUCAGUGAACGCCCACAACCUGCGCAAGUGCUGGUCUGUGGGCAGCCGGCUGUCCAAGGAGGACUGGCUCGAGUGGCUGCGGCGGCUGAGCGUCGGCAUGCUGGCUGAGUCGCAUAGCCCGGCUAUAAGGGCAUGUUCGAACCUAGCACACAGCUACCCCCAGCUAGCGAGCGACCUGUUCAACGCAGCCUUCAUGUCAUGUUGGACGGAACUAGACGAGGCAUCUCGUAACGAGCUGGUUCAAGCGCUCGAGCAAGCGCUCACAGCGCCCGACGCGCCGGAGCUAGCGCUGACUGUGCUGAAUCUAGCUGAGUUCAUGGAACAUUGUGAGAAGGGGUCGUUGCCGAUACCGACGAAGCUGCUCGGCGAUCGGGCGAUAAGCUGCCGGGCGUACGCUAAAGCGAUUUAUUAUAAGGAAGAGGAAUACAGAAGCAACCCGACAUCGCAAGUGGUAGAGGCCCUCAUUCACAUCAACAACAAACUGCAACAGAAGGAAGCGGCCAACGGCUUGCUGGAGAAGGUCAUGCAGCAGAGGAAAAGUGGAGACACCUCGCUAAACGUCCACGUGCGAUGGUACGAGAAGCUUCACAACUGGGACCAGGCCCUAGAGAUUUACAACAAGAAGUUGGAAACUGAACCGCUAGACGAUGAGUCAAGGCUGGGACAGAUGCGAUGCCUGGAAGCUCUGGGCGACUGGGGGAAACUACACAGCAUCACCACCGACCAAUGGGAUACCAUGUCUGAUGAUAUGAGGAAGAAGUCCGCGAAAAUCGCCGCCACAGCCGCCUGGGGCUUACAAGAGUGGGAACCGUUGAAAAAGCAUGUCGAAUUGGUCCCGGAAAGCACGCAAGACGGCGCAUUGUUCCGAGCCAUUCUCGCCAUACACAACAGUCAGUGGGUGGAGUCCAGACAUUUCGUAGACCAAGCGAGAACGUUAUUAGAUUCAGAACUGACGGCAGUUGCCGGGGAGAGCUACCAGAGAGCAUAUGCAGCUUUAGUUAACGCGCAGUUAUAUGCAGAACUGGAAGAAGUGGUCUCAUACAAGCUGGUGGAAGAGAGAAGAAACGUGAUUCGCCAAGCGUGGUGGAUGAGGCUGCAGGGUGGACAGAGGUUGCUAGAGGAUUGGAGAAAGAUGCUGCAAAUCAGAAGCUUGGUGCUCUCACCCCGAGAUGACUUUAUCACGUGGUUGAAGUUCUCGUCUCUAUGCCGUAAAAGUGGCGCUUUAGGCCAAGCGCACAAAGUCCUAAUAACUAUUUUAGGUAACGACCCGAGCAAUAACCCAGACUUGGUGCUGUCUAUUCAUGAGCCCAGAGUGACACUGACUUAUACAAAGAAUCUCUGGGUGAGUGGAGAAAAAAGGUUCGCUUACGACUUGCUGCAACGUUACAUAGAGGGCGCUGGCAGUGGGGACGAGGACCACUGCCGGCUGCUGGCCAGAUGCCAUCUCAAGCUCGGCUCCUGGUGCGAAUCUCUACAGGAGAUCAACGAGAUAUCCAUCCCGGAAAUACUGAGGAACUACGCCGCAGCUACCGUUUUAGCCCCCGAUUGGUACAAGGCGUGGCACGCGUGGGCCUACAUGAACUUCGAGACGGUUCUAUUCUACAAACAACAGGACAACACAUCAGAGACUAGUCUCACAGGCAGCUCGGGAGAGAAGAAAGUCUCCAGAACGGACUUCCUCCAUCAAUACGUCGUGCCGGCAGUCGAAGGGUUCUUCAAGUCUAUAAACCUAUCUCACGGAAAUUCUCUUCAAGACACGUUGCGUUUACUCACACUGUGGUUCGACUACGGACACCAUACAGCCAUAUACGAGACGCUGUUCGAAGGGAUAAGAAAGAUAGAAGUGAACAUUUGGCUGCAAGUGAUACCGCAGCUGAUCGCUCGCAUCGACUCCCCGAGGCCUCUAGUGGCUAAACUCGUUCACUCGCUACUCAUAGACAUAGGGAAGUUCCACCCUCAAGCGCUGGUCUACCCGCUAACAGUGGCAUCCAAAUCUUCGUUCGUGGCUCGUAAGACUGCAGCCAAUAUGGUGUUGAAGUCGAUGUGCUCUCACUCUCAGAACCUGGUGACGCAAGCCGCGAUUAUAUCUGAGGAGCUGAUCCGAGUUGCCAUACUAUGGCAUGAUCAGUGGUUCAUCGCUUUGGACGAGGCUUCAAGAUUGUACUACAGUGAGAAGGACACGAAGGGAAUGCUAGCGGCCCUGGCCCCCAUGCACGCGUCGCUCGAGCGAGGCGCGCGCACGCUGAAGGAACACUCGUUUGUGCAGAUGUAUGGACGGGACCUGAGGGAGGCGCAGGACUGGUGCCAGCGGUAUAAGGAGACCGGCAACGACACGUACCUGAACCAGGCGUGGGACCUGUACUACCACGUGUUCCGGCGCAUCGCCGCGCAGUUCCGCCAGCUCACCUCGCUCGAGCUGCAGUACGUCAGCCCCCGGCUGCUGAAUUGCAGAGAUCUGGAGCUGGCGGUGCCCGGCUCCUACGCCCCUAAUCAGGAGCUCAUCAGAAUCGCCCACAUCGAGAGCAAUUUGCAAGUAAUAAAAUCCAAGCAGCGUCCGCGCCGCCUCACCAUCCACGGCUCCGACGGCAAAGACUACAUGUUCCUGCUGAAGGGACACGAGGACUUGCGACAAGACGAGCGAGUCAUGCAACUGUUCGGCCUAGUCAAUACACUACUCAAAUCAGACAACAAUACCUACAGACACGAUCUGGCCAUACAAAGAUACGCCGUAGUGCCCCUGUCUACUAACUCAGGGCUGAUCGGAUGGGUGCCGCACUGUGAUACGCUGUAUAAUCUGAUAAGUGAUUAUAGAGAGAAGAAGAAUAAUAGGAUGGCGCUGAGCACGGAACAACAGAUCAUGAUGCGGAUGGCGUCGGAUUUGCAGAAGUUGAUGUUGAUGCAGAAGGUGGAAGUAUUCGAGCACACGCUAUCCCAAACGCCCGGCAACGACCUCGCAAGACUGCUCUGGCUGAAAAGCCCGUCAGCAGAAGUGUGGUUCGAGAGGCGGAACAACUACACUCGUUCCCUAGCCGUCAUGAGCAUGGUGGGCUACAUCCUAGGCCUCGGCGACCGCCACCCGUCCAACAUCAUGCUGCAUCGAGUCACGGGGAAGGUGCUGCAUAUCGACUUCGGAGACUGUUUUGAAGUUACGUUGACGAGAGAGAAGUUCCCGGAGAAGAUUCCGUUCAGACUGACCAGGAUGCUGAUUAAUGCUAUGGAGGUGACCGGCAUCGAAGGCACGUACCGUAGCACCUGCGAGUCCGUCAUGGAAGUGCUGCACAAACACAAAGACAGCGUCAUGGCCGUGCUAGAGGCAUUCGUGUACGACCCUCUCCUCAACUGGCGCCUCGUGGAGACUGGAAGACACUCCAUGUCCGACGCGUCUCUAUGCAGCACCGACCCAGACUCCCCGUCCACUCUGCCCAGCAGAAGCAGACAUCACCUGCACAUCACAGAGUCUAUAGAAGCCCCGGCCGAGCUCAACUUGAAUAAGCGCGCGCUGUCCAUCAUAAACAGAAUAAGGGAUAAGUUGACGGGGAAAGAUUUCCCCGGCGUUGAAGAGGUGGUUGGCGUGAGUAAGCAGGUCGACCUGUUGAUACGGCAGGCGACGUGCAAUGAGAACCUGUGUCAGUGUUAUAUCGGGUGGUGUCCGUUUUGGUAAGUGCUUUUAUUUUUAUUUUAAAGAUAAUGAUAAUUAUGUCUCUGUGUGACUCCAAGCUAUAUAUUGUUGAAGCUAUUGUACGCGUUACUUAAGUGUAGUGUUUGAAAGUAUAAACUUUUAGAAUUAAAUAAACUUAUUAACCUCCGAUUUAAAACUGCCAAAGAAUGCUUUUAAAGCGUUUUUUAUUAAUAUUUACGCUGUAUAAAAAUAGAAUUAGGUACUUCACUUUUGAAAAGUUUGUGUACAAACAACACUGAAGUUGCCAUUACGGUCAUAGUUUUAAGUUAUCGUUUGUUUAUGUUUAUUAA